GCACGGGGCGGUGACGCGCAUGCGCGGCGCGGCAGAGGCCGGUUGGCGGCCGCGCAGGUAAUGUAAGCAUUUCAGUGAUAUGCAAGAGAGGAAGCAGUCAUGUCAGCUCUUUGUCCGCCACCAUCUCCUGCAGUUGCUAAAACAGAGAUCACUUUGAAUGGCGAGUCACCUUUAUUAGCUGCCACUUUUGCUUACUGGGACAAUAUUCUUGGCCCCCGAGUGCGGCAUAUCUGGGCCCCAAAGACAGACCAGGUACUUCUUAGUGAUGGUGAAAUAACUUUCCUUGCUAACCACACCCUGAACGGAGAAAUACUUCGGAAUGCAGAAAGUGGUGCAAUAGAUGUGAAGUUCUUCGUCUUGGCAGAAAAAAGGGUUAUAAUUGUGUCUUUAAUCUUUGAUGGAAACUGGAAUGGAGACAGAAGCACAUACGGACUGUCAAUCAUACUUCCACAAAGCGAGCUUGGCUUCUACCUACCUCUUCACAGAGUGUGCGUGGAUAGGUUAACACAUAUUAUAAGGAAAGGAAGAAUAUGGAUGCAUAAGGAGAGGCAAGAACGUUUCCAGAAGAUUGUCUUGGAAGGCACGGAGAGAAUGGAGGAUCAGGGCCAGAGCAUCAUUCCAAUGCUGACAGGAGAAGUCAUUCCUGUAAUGGAGCUCCUUUCAUCUAUGAAAUCACACAGUGUUCCAGAAGAAAUAGAUAUAAGUGACACAGUGCUAAAUGAUGAUGACAUUGGAGAUAGUUGUCAUGAAGGAUUUCUUCUAAAUGCAAUUAGUUCACAUCUGCAGACCUGUGGUUGUUCUGUAGUUGUAGGAAGCAGUGCAGAAAAAAUUAAUAAGAUUGUGAGAACAUUAUGUCUGUUUCUUACACCAUCAGAACGGAAGUGUUCCAGACUCUGUAGAAAUGAGUCUUCUUUCAAAUAUGAGUCAGGGCUUUUUGUUCAAGGCUUACUCAAAGAUGCAACAGGAAGCUUUGUGUUGCCCUUCCGUCAAGUAAUGUAUGCUCCAUAUCCCACAACACAUAUAGAUGUAGAUGUCAAUACAGUGAAGCAGAUGCCCCCAUGUCAUGAGCACAUCUAUAACCAGCGACGGUAUAUGAGGUCUGAACUGACAGCAUUUUGGAGAGCUAAUUCAGAUGAAGAAAUGUCUCAAGAUCCUAUUAUCCACACAGAUGAGAGUUUCACACCUGAUUUAAAUGUUUUUCAGGAUAUCCUGCAUCAAGAUACAUUAGUAAAAGCCUUUCUGGAUCAGAUCUUUCAUCUGAAACCUGGCUUGUCUCUGAGGAGUACAUUCCUUGCACAAUUUCUACUAGUCCUUCACAGAAAAGCUUUAGCCUUAAUAAAAUACAUAGAGGAUGACACGCAAAAAGGAAAAAAACCUUUUAAGUCUCUUCGUAGCUUAAAGAUUGAUCUUGACUUAACAGCAGAGGGCGAUCUUAACAUAAUAAUGGCUUUGGCUGAGAAGAUUAAACCGGGUCUACAUUCUUUCAUCUUUGGGAGGCCAUUCUACACUAGUGUGCAGGAACGUGAUAUGCUAAUGACGUUUUAAAGCUCUUCACUGUUAAUGUGUAAUAUCGCAGCAUUGCAUGGCACUAAAAGAAAUCUCUGUGUGAACUUGUGAUAAUCAUUGACCUGAUUUAGAGUGGAUCAGUAGGAAUCAAGUAACACUACCAUCUGUCUGAAGCAGGAGAGGGUCGUGUCAGAGGGAAUAUCAGCAUAGCUAGGAAAGCAUGAUUUUAAUGAAUCCAUCUCUUCUGUGUGCUUUUUUCAACAGUAAAAGUAAACAUUACCAGAAGUACCUUUGCCAUAUGGGCUCACCUAGGUAAAUUUGAACAUGUUGUGCUGUAUGAUAAAGGAAGGCACCUUUUAUCUUCUUUCCCCUCAGAUUUCCUUGAAGUGUGUGUCUGUUUCUCCCAAUACUGCUCUGUCGGUAAAGAAAACAAUAAGCAUGUCCUCUCUAAUCAGGGAGGUCAGGGGAUAGGAGCUUUUCCAGAAUUUCAGAGAGUACUUAGUAUUUACUACAUUUAGUAUUUGUUCUUAUACACAUGGUACAAUUCUGAAAUAUGCCUUCCUUUAUCUCAAUUUAAAACACUACUGGCUCCAUUUGCAGCAUUUAUAGGUGUGGGGAUUCUUUGUUUAUUUGUGGGUUUAUGUUUUUUUGUUGUUGUUGUUUUUAAAUGUACUACACAGUGUUCUAGUGGGCUAACUGUUGGCUAUUAGCAGCAUAAAUAGCAGUAUUCUGCACAUGGGAACUGGGUCAUUAUUUAAGUUGCUUCAUGCAUGUAAAUGCCAACCGGGGUACGCUGUCACACAUUGUUGGCCAUCCUGCGCUUAAGUAUUCAGUGAUCCAGCAUAAUUGAGUUCUUUGAAAAUACAAAGCAGAAAACCUGCGUCAUUCAGCACCAAUUGUCUGUCUUUGUGUCUAAAUUGCUUCUGCUUUGUCUUUUGUCAGUUAGAAUAAGGUUCAGAUUAAAGUAUUAGACCUUUCCAAAGAACACCAAGCUGGUAGCCAAGCUAAAAGAUAAAAAUAAUUAUUUUUACAUUGCUGUUAUUAUAUUUACUAAUCCUUAAUUCAGAGAGCAGCACAGUUAUGAAGUAGUAUGAUUAUCAUUUUACUAAGUGAAAUGAAGUCAGUAGUGUCAGUCUUCUUAGUUCAUAGUUAGCACAUGUUCUACUUCUCUUUACUACAUGAAAACAAAAAAAUAGGGAAGUACAGAAAGUUAUCUCUUUGUAUGCCUCAACCUUUCUUUCUCAGUAUCUUAAAGAGAGGUGCAGUGUCAAGUUAACCAGGCCUAUUUUUUUUUGACAGUUCUGGCACAUUUGUUCUAUCUAAAUCAGUGAUACAUCUGCACUGCAUGAUAUUAUAUUUCUUUUUAGACAGAGGCAGGAAUAUAUUUGUUUCAUGUUUUAGUGUAACCUUAUAACUCUAUAUUCCUUGUAGAGGAGAUACACUUGUGAUUUGAAAAGCUGCUGUUGCCUAUUGCUUAAAUUGUUCAUAGCACUUCCUCAUGAACAGGUUUCUGUUCUCAAAAUAGCUUUUCAACAUCUUCUUCAUGCAUAAGAGUUAAAAACUUGAACGCAAAACUUCCUAAUAUGUCCAAUACUCAGUUCUUAAAAGGAACGCCUUCUUUUUUUUUUUUUUUUUUUUUUGCUUUUUUUUUUUUUGCUUUACAUGUAUGUUGGGGUCCUGCAAUGUGAGGUCAGCGCUUUGUCCAAAGAACUUGUCAGGCAUACAAUGACAUAAGUUACUUGUGCUGAAAUUAUUUUUGUUUUACUGACAUCAUCCUUUCGUUUUGCAUUUUUAGUCAAUUUAUCCAUCAGAAUCAGCCUGAUUGCUAAGUUUUACUCUCAUGUCUAAGAUUGUGAAAAAAAAAAUAAUGUAAUAAACACUUCUCAAACUUCUAAUGUAGAAAUUGUGUUUGAGGUCUAAACAGCUUUAACUGUACAGCUGAAAUAGCUUCAUAGGAAUUGCAAACUUAACACUGACACUACUAACAAUAAAGCUCUGUUUACAGAAUGUGCUGUCACUUUGGAAUGAUUAAAAGCUGGAAACUUCAUUGCUACCUUUGUAGCACAACUGUCACAAGUGCAAAAUGUAUAGUGAAGUAAGUAUUAAAUGCAUCUGCAUGUUGUGUUGUAAAUCUUCCUCAGGAAACAAAAAAAAGUAAUAAAAUUCAUGAGAUUUUUUUUUUUAUUUUAAUUUCUGCUGAUUUUUUUCAUAGAAUUUCUAUGUGUUACAGGAUUGUGAUCCUUUAUCCUUUCAAAUAAAGAAGAAAUGUUCUUCCUUCUUGUUAUAUUAAAAAUGUCUGUAUUUGGGGAUGGUGAGUCUUAGAAUGUCAGUGGUGGACAACCACGUUACUAACACUGUGUCUGAUUGUAUUUAUUUCAAAAUCGCAGUUUUCUAAAAGUCUCCCAACUUUGUUCUUUUAUUUCUGUCAAGGACUCAUUCAUUUCCAGAUGUGACUUUCUAGGUCUCUGUGCUUAAAUAAGAAUCUAGCCUCUACUUCUGAGAAUUUAGAAGUGUUUUAGUUCACUUCUUUCUAGCAAUCAGCGAAUACUUUUCUUCAGAGUUCUGAUUCCUUACAGCCUAAGGAAUAUAGUAACUGUGUUUCUUCCAGUUGGAUUUGGAAAGGAAUAGUGUUACAGAGCAUUUUUAGCAGCGUAUUUUCUCUGAUCCUGAUUCCUGGUAUUUGCAAACUUACAAAGUUAGCACAGGAAGAUAUCAUUUGAUGCUUACCUGGAAUGUCUGUUUCUCAGGACUGCAGAGGACUUCUCCAAUCUGUAUAAAUAUGUCAUAAAGAGAAAUGAAAGUGGUCCAAAAUAUGAGGGCUGUCUCAUAAAAACAUGAUGCUUAAUGUGUAAUCAGAGUUGGUUCAUCGGACUGUACCUUGUCCUUUCUUCAACAAUAAAGAGAAAGAAAAUGAAAAUAAAA